AGCUAAAGCCGACAUAUGCACGGCUCGUGGCCUCGCACUCCUUGCACUCUCCACUGGUUCUACUAUCACAGAUCAAGAGUAUCGAUCGGAGAGGAGGUAGGUAGCGAGGACAUGGCGGACUGGGCCCCGGUGUUCGUGGGGCUGGUGCUCUUCGUCCUCCUCUCGCCGGGGCUGCUGUUCCAGAUCCCCAGCAAGGGCAGGAUCGUGGAGUUCGGCAGCUUCCAGACCAGCGGCGUCUCCAUAAUCAUCCACGCCGUCAUCUACUUCGCGCUCAUCACCAUCUUGCUCCUCGCCGUCCGCGUCCAAGUCUUCCUCGGUUGACCAGCAGGCAGCAGCUGCUUCCUUGUCAUUUUCAAGCCUCCUGUCUCCUGAUUCAAUUAGCUUGUAGAGGGGCACCGGCAUGCACGCAGUAUGAUGUUCAUUGGGCCACUUAGUUGAUUUGCCGUUUUCUCAAGAAUGUAUAGUUUGAGUUUUCAUGUACACUGCUUCUGAUGGUCCACCCGGUGUAUGAUCUUUGA